AUGGCGGACACUGUUUUCAGAUUUAUCAUGCCCCAGGUAGCUGCAGGCCUGAUGAGAGUUGUGGGAACAGCUGCCCAUGAAGCUGAGGUUCUGAAGCACUUAGCUGAGAAGCGUGAGCAUGAAAAGGAAGUGCUACAGAAAGCUAUGGAAGAGAACAACAACUUCAGUAAGAUGGCAGAGGAGAAGCUCAAUCAGAAGAUGGAGGCCAACAAAGAGAACUGCACAGCACUUAUGGCAGCCAUGAACGAGAAGUUCAAGGAGAAGGUCAAGAAGUUGGAGGAGGUGCGAAAGAACAAAGAAACCAAAGAGGGCACUUCAGAAGACUGAAAAUUACAAACAGGGGAUUGUAUAGGGUUUUUUACGUAUCCAAAG